AUGAGGUUGUGGAAUGCUCAUCAAAAAGAGCUACAGAAUUAUCCACUUGAUGAUAUACAGGUCGUGCUCAAGACUGCUUAUUCGAUACGUGAUAUGCGUCUGCAAGCCAUAGCUAAUGGACAAGUUGUACCAGGUGUAAAUGAACAGCGAGGAAGUGGAUUCUUUAGUAGUGAUUGGAGUGACACUUCCUCAAUCUCAUCAAACAGCUCCGGAAAUCGCCUCCAGCGGCUACGAGAUUCAACUGGUAUUGCACGUGCUAGUUUUGAGUCAUUUAGACGUGAUUCUAAGGAAUCUAUCGAUGAGCUGUUCAAGAAGGGCAUGGCCAUUACUCGUGAAAAUCCCACUGAUAUCUGGAAACGUGCAAGCACUGGAGAUGUCACACGUUCACUCUCUCAACGGCUGAAAUUCAACGGACUUGCUUCUAAAGUCAAGCGCUCAGGGUCUGUUAACACUACUAAAUCUGCUAACUACAGCAGCCCUGACCUCAAACAAGCCGGUCUGGCCAAUGAAUUUGAUGCAUCAACUUCAAAUCGCCUUGGUCGAAAGAGUGCCGAUCGUCUCAGUUGGUUGCGAAAUCCCGAUCGCGCUACUUCCCCUUCUCCUCCUCCAUUACCUACGUACACUCCUCCAGCAAGAUCCAGUUCACUCCUCAAUCGUUUUUCUCAGAUAAUGGUUAGUAACACUUCUAUCCCCCCUUAUGAGCAUAAUUCGGACGAUCAAGGCCGGAGGCAGGAAUACGAACGGCCCCAAUCUGCUACAUCAUCCCACAGUGCAAAUGAGACUGAAGAUGAAAAACGUAUUUUUGCGAAAGCUGUAUCAGUACGAGAUGAGAUUCUUGGCAGAAACUCGCAGCAAUCUUACCAAGGAUUUGUUUAA